AGGCUUUACUACUUCAACUUUAUGCCAUCUGGCAAUUACUAGGAAAAGACGAUCCUUGGCAAAUGGCAGGAAUUUACGAAGAUAUCGAAUUUUGCGAUCCCAACCAGAUUUACGGUGAAGAACUGCCAAUAUGCGAAGAUCCGUUCACAGUAUUCGAUCAUUAUAUGAACUACUGUGUUCCAGCAACUUUGAUUCAGUUUGUUGAUCAGGAAAACGAACCUAAUAUGAAGAUUAUCUACGGUUUUCUACUACCCGUACUGUCUAUCAUAGUUCUACUAUCCAACGGCGUUGUGAUCUUUGUUUUGAACGAACAAAAAACGAAACGUGCCACAGUCGAACCGCUCAUGUGGAUGGCGAUUAGCGCUUUACUGAUGGCUGCAUCACCGUUGCCGUUUACAAUCUACUAUUAUAACCUUGGCCAUAUGCGAGAUUUGAAUCAGACGGAAUUUCUUUGCUACCUACAAAAGGUCUGCAUGGAAAUCUUACCAUUCUUUUUCAAUACUCUCAUAACAUUCUUCACCCUGCUGCUAGGAAUGCAAAGAUUUAUCGCCGUCCAAUACCCACUCGAUUCGUUCCGAUGGUGUUCACGUCGACUAAUUCGACGCUAUUCCAAAGCGAUUCUCGUUUUGGCUACCGUACUUACGCUGAUUCAUUUCACAUUCGAUAUUCGAGUCAUCUAUCAUUUUUGCAUCAGGGGCCCAACUGCAUCAUUCUGGGUGGCACGAUGUUUUAUUGGACAUUCUCCGCUUACACGAGCUAUGGGUCCCGACAGAGUCGCAUGGGUUUUCGAUUGUUUCCGAUUAGGUCUCAUCGUCAUACCAUCCGUCCUUCUGUUCAUCAUCACCAUUCUACUUAUAAGAACGAUGCAAACGCUGGACACACGUAAAUUGAGAGCGAACUUUGCGGAAGUGAGUCGUCACAAACGUGUUAGCUCAGCCUCAAGAAAUACAACCGUCAUGCUUACCGUAAUCAUCGCAUUGUUUCUACUGGCUAGAGCCCCAUCGAUGAUACUGAUCAUCUUGGUAAAGCUGUCCGAUCUCCUUCCCCUCGGCUCACUGGAAUUCGCCCAUUCUGCGUAUCUACGAUCUUUCUCAAAUAUCAUUCUUAUCACGCUUCAUCCCAUUUCCUUCGCUAUAUACAUGUUUAUGUCAAGACGCUUCCGAGUCUCAUUACGUCGAUUACUUGGAUGGCGAUUCUUGGCUUCGGACGAAGAGUUCCAUGCUGUAACAUCUUCACGAAAUUCCCAACUAAAAGCACAGGGGACGAGGAGCAGUCUGGGAUUACCCAGUUAUAGAAAAGGAAGUGCUCACACUCGUCGUGGCUCUGGCAAUUCGAUUGCGACGAAAAAAAGUGUCAUGUUCGUUCAAAAACCCUCUAUGGAGAGUAUAUUGACGAAUGGAACGCAGAUAACAAAUGGAACCGAAAAGAAAUCACUUUCGAAUUGGUCGGGUAAGACCACCAUGGAAAAGUGGAAUUUUUUGAAAAGAUUCAAGGUUGUAAAACAAUGUGACACUCAUGUUUAA